GCAACAAUUGAGAUCGUAGAAUUAGAAAGGAAAUACGUAAUCCACAAACAUACAGACUGGUAAAACACGGGCUUGUUGCCCACGGUUUAUGUCAAUUCACCAAGAAGAAACUUUUUGUCAAAGAUAUACCGAUUCGUGCGAGGGUUGUGCUCUGUGUGUCAGGACAGAGAUUCAGCCUCCUUACCAAGUUCUUGUUUUUUUCAAUUAGAGACAAAGGCGCCUCUGUCUUGUUGCGCAGGGUGUCAGCUGGUGAAACGCCCUCGCUGUCAGGGCCUUAUAAAUGUGUGUUGGUAUUUCGUGUUAGCACUAUGUCUCGAACAGUGAAAGAUUCUAUGAAUCCUCUUACGUGGGAGUACCGCUUACACGGCAGCUGCUUCUCGCAGAUACGCGACCCCGGAGGGAAUGGACGCGAGGCUCACUCCCUAAAGUAUGAGGAUAACGAGUACGAAUACAAAGACGUCACCCUAACCAAGAAACAGUACGACCUCUACAGAGAACAGCUAAAGAAAAACCCGCGGAAGUUUAUUGACGAGGACUACAUGUACAAUGUUUUGCAACUGCAGCAGACACCCGGCUGGGAGCAGUACUACAUUUACCCGAUGAACCCCCAUGUGCUGUGUUUACGCCGCCCAAAACGACCGUCACCGAGGGGCAGCAGUAACGCGAGUGGCACUGUUUUGAAGACAUAACUUCAAGGCUUUAUCAAGCUAUCCCGAGCACUGGAAUAUACUCGAUUACAAACUUUCUGAAGGAUGUGUCGUUUUCGUAUCUGUUGCAGUCGUGAAAAACUGUGGAACGAGACUUCCUGCUGUGUCCCCGGUAACAGAAUAAAGAACAACAAAUGUCCGUACAUGUUCUUUGAUUGCAUGGCUUUACGACGUAUUAGUGUCAACAUAUUGUGCUCUGUCAUCUCACACAAUAGUGUCAAUUGCAUGUAUACAUACCAAGUUGCACACAGGUUGUUUCUCAGGGUCAUUCCUUCCCCAGGAAGAACAUUUAAUAUUGUAAGUGCAUUGUUGGCAAAUCUCUGACCCGCAAACCAUGAAUGAGGAACCAAGAUUCCCGCAAACCGAUCAAUCCAGAAGGAGUCCAUGAAGUAAGCUCCAAAGUGGCUGGCUCCCGCAAGCGGUCAGCAGAUGCGCGCAACCUGGUACCAGUGUCAUGGAUGGAGAUAUGAAUGCACGGGAGAAAUAGAAGGCCAGCUCGGAUGUGGGCGGUCACCAGUGACGUAUAUGCGGAGAAAUAACACAGCAAUGAAAUCCACAGACCUAUAGAUAACAGUAUUCUGAGCGUUAGCGUAGACCCUAGGAGAUCGACAGUACCAUAGGUAACUGCAUUAUCUGCAAUUCGGUAUACAGCCGACCGAAAUCAAUUCAUGGACGCAAACACGAGUCGUGGCACGAUGACAGUCCACGAUCAUUGUGACGUUCGGUAUCCAGGGCGGUGUCGAUUUUUGCUGGGUUGGACUCGUCCAAUGCCCAUUUCUGAUUCCACGGGUAAACGCCAAUCCGGAAUACCGGGCUGUUGGAGGCCCUGUAUCGUGCGUUGCCACCACAAUUUAAGGCCCCUGACGGUACGCGCUCAAAGGCACUUUAAGUAGUGAACGGUCAAUUUUGUGGCUCACGUAUUUUUUUACUGAUGCAUUAGCAACCCGUGUGACUGCAAUAGCGGAGUCCCUGCGCACCAGAGCAUCCUUGGUGCCCUGGUUGUAUGUCAUGUGGUCUGCAAUAUUUUUCGUUGCCGGAUUAGCAUUAGAGCAGGUGAGGUCUGUCUCCUUUAUCAGAAAACCGGUGAACCGCACGUGGAAUUUUCUGCGUCGCCACAGGAGUUGGAGGACCACGAGGGUUGGAUGUCCGCCUCGGUCUUGUUAUGCCAGACGCUAAACUAUGGAGA